AACUUUAUUUAUAUUGCUAUUAAUUUCCCUUGUAUUCGCAUAUAUAUACAUCGCUAGUGUAUUAUGAUAUCGUCAACCAAUGAAAAAAAUACUUAAAAAUAAAUAUCUGACCACCCUACAUGGCUUAACAAGUUCACUAGUUCGUUUUUUUCGUUCAAUACAAAGACAGGAUGCCGAAGAAAAAAACCGGCCAGCGUAAAAAAGCUGAAAAACAAAAGCUACGUUUAAAGGAGAUUAGAGGCCGAGAGAUUCCUCUCGCCGAUCUGCCUUGCAAUGCUCCGAUGGACUGCGAUAAGUGCGAGAAAAAACAAAAGUCUCGCGCUUUUUGCUACUUCUGUCAGAGUGUGCAAAGAUUGCCCAUUUGUGCACAAUGUGGCAAAAUAAAGUGUAUGUUAAAAACUGGAGACUGCGUAGUCAAGCAUCCCGGUGUGUAUACAACUGGAUUCCCUGGCAUGGUUGGUGCCAUUUGCGACUUCUGCGAGGCCUGGGUGUGUCAUGGACGGAAAUGCUUAACCACGCACGCGUGCACCUGUCCGUUGCAGAACGCUGUGUGCUUGGAAUGCGAACGUGGUGUCUGGGAGCAUGGCGGGCGUAUCUUCAAGUGCUCGUUUUGCAAUGGCUUUCUUUGUGAGGACGAUCAGUUUGAGCAUCAGGCCUCAUGUCAGGUUCUGGAAUCGGAGAACUACAAGUGUCAAUCAUGUAAUCGUCUAGGUCAAUAUUCAUGUUUGCGCUGCAAGACUUGCUACUGUGAGGAUCAUGUACGUCGCAAGGGCUUCAAGUACGAGAAGAAUAAGGCCAUCCCUUGCCCCAAGUGUAACUACGAAACGUCCGUUACAAAGGAUUUGAGUAUGUCUACGCGCUCUCACAAAUUUGGUCGUCAGCAACAAGGCAUGGGCAGUGACGAUGAAGAGGGGUAUGGGGGCUACUAUGGAGGUUAUGGUGCCAGUAGUAGUGCAGGUUAUUCAUAUGGAGAUGAUGAUGAUGACGACGAUGGCGAUGAUGAUGAAAGUGAAAGCGAAGAUGAGGAUGAUGAAGAGGAGACAAGUGGCAGUGAAGCUGACGAGACCGCCGGAGUUGAUAAAAAAAAUGAGAAAUAAAUCAAAAUUUUUUAAUAGAUACAUUUACGUAUAUAUGUAUAAAAUUGAUGUGUGAAUUACAUAAAUCUGUUGUGGCAAAAUAAGCUAUUUAUUUAUA